AGUACCUGAGGAAAGGCCAAGGCUGCGGUGAGUUAUGAAUUAAUUCUCCUGAAGAUGCGCCUGUCUACGCUACUCCCGCCAUAUUUACUAGAGUGAUCCCCCCGAUCAGUCACUGUGAUCUGUGUUGUAAGUAAAUUGUUCCUUCAUUUUGACGACCACGAUUGAUUUUUUGGAUUCCGAUCACACGACUACAGAUUGCGUCAGUUUUAUUUUGUGGCAUGUUCCUCCUUUCGCACCCAUGACCUGUAGUUCUGACAAAGCCUGAUCCGGCUUCGAUGAUGGUGAUCGAGAUGGGACGGCUUGUCGUCGGUCAGUAAGGGGAUAAAGUUUUUCUCUUCUACCCGCCUCGACGGCCUACCGGAACACCAUGUCUUCAGCCCCGAAGAACAAAGCCGCGUCCUUCAAGGCGAAUUUCCGGCGGGAGCAGGCCGGCGCCCUGGGCUCCAGCGCACUACGCGCACCGCCACCGGGAACAACGGGAAACGCCUCAUCCGGGGGUCCUGGGGUAGGAAAAGCGACCAGCAAGGCGAAUGCUGCGAAGGCCGGGAUCAAUGCCAAGGCUAACGCGAAGGCUGCCGCGAACGUCGCCGCGCGCAAAGUGGUGGCGGACCUGCUGCCCGAGAACGCAAAGGAGCAGAAGGCGGCGGCGCGGAUCAUUUUGACGGUGGUUCUGCGGUUUAAGGCACAGUACGAGUUCGCGAAGCGAAAAAAGGAGCUGAUGGACGAGCAAAUCGAGCGCGAAGCCAUCGAGGCGGCGGCCCGGCUGGAGGCGCGGCGGUUCGAGCGGCAGGCGUUGAAAAAGGUGGAGGAAAUGCGGAAGAAAAAGGAGGUGGCGAAGAAGAAGACCGACUUCUUUGACGCCUGCUACGACGGGGAGUUUGAGAGUGCGAAAAAGAUGCUGGAGCAGGACCCGGUGCUGCUGCUCGAGGCGAAAGACAGCGACGGGUAUGCGCCGCUUUCCGCCGCGGCCAACGGGGGCAACCCGGACAUCGUGCAGAUGCUGCUGGAUUUCGGCGCGAACCCCAACGCGAAGGGCGAGUUCCAGCGGACGGCGCUGUGGCGGGCCGCGUUCGCCGGGAACGCGGUGGUGGUGGAAAUGUUGCUGGAAUCAGGCGCGGAUCCGGCCAUCUACGACACUUCGUUUCAAACCCCGCUCACCGUCGCACCGAACGACAGCAAGUGCGAGAACCUGCUGCAGGAGUGGGCCAAAACGCCGGAAAAGACACAGCAACUGAAAGAGCAGCUCCAGGCGAAGCUGGAGCAGGGGAGAAAAAAGCUGGGCCAACUGUCCAAGAAGCACGCGGAUGCGCAACUGGACAAAUUGAAGCAACAGAUAGAACAAGAGGAAAUAGAACUGGAGAACGCCAAACGCGACGCCGCAGACGCGUACCGCUCCUGGUCCGACAAGAUCGUCAAACGCAUGGCGCAGGCAAAUUUUCAAAACGCGUCUUCAAAUCCUGAGUCGGGCGGCAAUAGUAAUCAAGCGGGUAGUGCUAUCUCCGCGCAAGAGGAAGAGACAUACAUAAGGGAAAUGGCGUCACAACUUUCGCUCUUGAAACGAAAACUCGAAGACGCCGUGCACCGGGUGGAAGAGCUGAAGCUCAAGUAUGAUUUUCAUUUGCUACAACUGCUAUAAAUGUACACUAGUUCUGCAGGUCGUGCAGUCAGGAAACAAAAACGUACGUGAUAUACAAAGUGCAUCACAACAGACACAAGACAAGUUUCCCCGAAUUCUCGCAUGUUGCAGCUUCUCCUUCUGGGUCCACGAUUGUAGCAAAUUCAUUGGAUUAAUUGGACCAAAACGUGCCAAGCUCAAGCUCGAUGCAGAAAAGCAAUAAGCUUGGGCAUUUUGACAGGGGUGCGGUCAUCAAUACAUACAUAGAAGUGAGAAUGACAUCACGAUCACUUCCAAAAAGAAUACUAUCCCACCUACAGCUGCUUGUCAUCUCUCCUCACAGGUACGAAGAAGCCGAAGCCGAGCUGGACCCAAAUAGCAGCGAGCGAAAAAACUCAAAAAUCGCAAACUUGACCAUCCUAUGCAUUGCAAAUAUGUCUGGGUCUGGAACAAAGCAAGUUUGUCAUGCUUGUCUCCGAUGACUCUUAAAUCUGUAAUGCCUGAGCAGGAAAAAAGGCUCUUCCCUGUCAGGCAAAUAUGCAGUGCGAAACAGACAGGAGCUCAAAAACUUGUUAUGCGUGGCUGCAUAUUGACAUGCGCCCACCAUUCACAAACUAGCAUCACAAGUGUCCAGACUCAGACAUAUUUGCAGUUGAUACAUCCUUCCCUUCAAACUUCUCUCCGACGCGGUCCUGCGCUCGUCCGGCCCCCACGCCAUCACAAAAGACCAGAAAUUCCCCCUCGUCUGGGACAGUUCGGGCCGUGCGAGUGUGUUUUUCGAGUACAGCGUAUGACAGUGCCCAACUCCCCCUCCCCCUCAUUUGUAUUUUUGCACGAACAGCAAUACAAACGCCAGCGACCCUGGGGCUUGUGCAUUACAAAUUUAUGUACCUACUGUAGUACUGUUUUGGCUUUCGAAAUUUGUCAUGCAAGCAGUGCCACAGGCACAAGGAAGCGACUGGAUUUGCGAUUUUGCAGGACAAAUGAGAGGGAAGUUGUGCACUCUCAUACAGUGGCGCCACACUGCUGAAGAUGUGGAACGUGUCGGAUACGAAAAACAUGCGUCGCGCCCUCCUCAACUGCGUCCGCCACGACGUCCCGUUUGUCCUCGAUUGCAUGGGCGCCCCCAUCGGUGCGGACCACUUGGCCAUCUGCCUGGAGUCCUUGUUGCCCCCCCGAGCCCGGUCGACCGGGGGAUCCGCCCUCGGCGUCGGGGGGAGCAGUUUGAUGAGCGCAACUUCUACCAGUACAGGAACUACAACGGGAGGAGAGGCUAGUACAACUUCCACGUCCUCACUUCUGGACAAAAACCCGGACGGGACCCUGCAUGCGCUGUCCAGCGUGAUCGACAAAUCGAUGAACGACAUCUCCAAGAGCGGUGCCACGUUUGGCCUCGGCGCGGCCGCUAUGAAAUGCAAAAAUGUCUGGGUCUGGAAGGAUGCGCGAACUUGUGAUGCAUACUUGGAUCACACAAAAAUCUGUCAUGCUUAGACAGCAAAGGGAGCUCCUUUUCCCGUCGCCGAAAGAAGGCAUUUGUCAUGCGGAUUGAGCAUUGGGAAACCGUCUCUAAACCUGGUGUGAUGCUAGGCCUUGCAUGGCACACCUUCCGUGUCAAGCAGACGCAGCAUCACAAACCUCAGCAAUCUUCCAGGCCCAGACAUUUUUGUAAUGCAUAGCCGCGGGCGACGAAGCGAACAGCGGGAAACUCGAAGCGGCCCGGAUCUUGCGACAGGAGGGCAUUUUGAAUCUGGUUAUGCAUUGCAAAAGUAUCGUACUAGUAGAAAUAGCAAGACAAAUACAUGCCAAGAGCAAGAAGAAAAGUAGAAUUUGUAAUGCUGAUUUGCCUAAGAUCGGAGAUGUGUCAUGCGCCGUCACUGCAAUUACUACGAGUAGUACGAUACCUUUGCAGUGGAUACUGGUGCUGAGCAAACGACUGUUCACGCAGGAGGACCUGCUGUACGAUUUACUGGUCGACCCCCAGCUGGAUGGCACCGAGUUUCAGAAAUACGAGUUCGCGCUGGAGACGAAGAACUUUAAAUUCAUCCUGCUCUCGAGCUGCGAUACGCCGGAUAUGGAUCUCCUGUCCCGGUUCCACGUGGUCCGUGUCGUCGCGAAUCACGGUAUGUAAGACGACUUCUCGGGCUGGCUACUUGAAAAGCGCGCUGGAUAGAAGCUGCAUUUUCCGUUUUGUUGUUGCCGCGAGCAAGCGUGUGCUUUGUAGUUCUGCUCUUUCACAGCAAAGAUAAAGAAGGGCCUUAAUCAUGUGCAGUGUCAGUUUUCUGCUGCUGACUACAAGAACCUACUAAGCCCGAUUUUACUUAGUGUACAGAAUAUUGGUCCUGAAAAAGAGCUUUUGCUCCCACUCACCUCUCGACGAAGUUGCUACUUCUUUGUCCGUGCUGCGCUUGCAACCCCUUUUGAGCCGCCCGACUAGCGAUGCUUAAACGUUAGGAGCUCGUGAUCGUAUCGCAUGUGCAUCAGAUGUCUAUGUCGCGGCCUGUCUAUGGCCACACUGUAGAAUGCUUUUUCAAAAAGUCAAAUGCACGAAGAUGCUGCGACACACACGAAUAUUCGAUUUCGCUCGGAUCCUAGAUCAUCUCGGCUCGUUUCGAAGGCAGUUGUGGUAGAGCUUGUCAGAACUGAAGACUUCACUU